AAAUAAUCUUAAAAUUAAAUUGAAGAGAAAAGAAAAAAUAGCGGUUUCUCUUCUGAGCAUUCCAGUUCUGCUUCUUCUGCUGCUCUGCUUCUUGAGGUAGUGGCAGAGAGGAUAUGAGCGGAGGUGAUUAUCUUGCAACUGCAGUGCAGCAUAGAUAUUUGGACAUAUACCUUUACAGUUGGUACUGGCUCUGAAAAAAAAAAGAAGAAAAAAGAAAAGCAAUUCUGUGGAGCUUUUGCUUUUGCAAGAUUCAGGUCAGGGAUUUCACAUUGCACAGCGUUUUAUAAUGGAUGAGUAUCUGGAUCACUUGUUUUCAUCCAUUUGUGGUGAGCCUAGCCAAACAAAUGGGAUGCUUUCAGAUUCAAUUGGAAUAUAUGAAGGUGACAAAAAAAACUCACCUGUUGGCAUGACUAAUUCAAACCUUAUGAUCGAGGGCUUGGUUACUCAAGAUACUUCAUCUAUUGUUCUUGGUGGAGAUUCUGAUCAUGGUCUUGGCAAGGGCUUACUUUUGGAAGAAGCUCCACGGCAGCAAGACCUUCAAAACACUGAAGGCAAUUCCUCCUUGAAUGGAGCAGUGAAUGGCCGCUCAGAAGUUGGAUAUGUGGGCCUGCAACUAAAUACUCCUACUUCAACCCCAUGCUCACUGGAUCUUGGCUCUCCCAAGCAGCUUUCGCUGAUUGGUGGCAUGUCUAGGUCAUCUCGUCCUUUCACUGAGCUGGAUCAUGUUGGGUGCAAUGGUAAUGAGCCAUCUGAUUUUCAGAGAUCAGUUGGAAAUUUUCAAGCAUUGCCUCCAAUUCCACAGUUGUGGUCUCAACCAUCUUACGGGGGUGGUUCCUCCUUGUCUCCUGUUAUGGGAGAAUACAAGAUGCAGGGCUUUGGUCUGCAAGGAGAAUAUGUGGAUAAUGAAAUGGAUAUCAUGAGGAACAGAUAUGUUGGGGAUGAAAUUCUGCAACUUGAUAACAUUUCUUCAGCAAUCCCCAUAAAGGGGAAAGAAGAGCAGCACACUCAUCCUUUCUCUCCUCCUGCGGUUGGGCCCCACAUGACAAUGACAGCAUCUGGAUUACAGUCUUUGCCACAGACUACGGUAGGUACUGCUUCUGGUGGCUGUAAUGGAACUGGAAAGCCGCGUGUAAGGGCUCGUCGAGGCCAGGCCACUGAUCCUCACAGUAUUGCUGAAAGGCUUCGGAGAGAGAAAAUUGCUGAAAGGAUGAAGAACCUGCAAGAACUUGUUCCCAAUUCCAAUAAGACGGACAAAGCAUCUAUGCUUGACGAAAUCAUUGAGUACGUCAAAUUUCUUCAGCUCCAGGUCAAGGUACUAAGCAUGAGUAGGCUGGGGGCAGCAGAGGCAGUUGUUCCUCUCAUCACAGAUGGCCAAGCUGAGGUGCUAUACCCUUCUCUUUCUGGCUCUAAGGGUCUGUCACUUUCACCCUCGGCUGGUCAAGCUGAAGAUAUUUGUCAAUCUCCUGAUCAAAUUGCCUUUGAGCAAGAAGUAGUGAAGUUGAUGGAGUCCAACGUGACCAUGGCCAUGCAAUAUCUUCAAAGCAAAGGUCUCUGCCUUAUGCCAAUUGCUCUUGCUACAGCCAUAUCCAGUGGAAAGGCGGCAUCAUCAGGUACUGGGUCCGAUGAGGGAAAGAACGGUUUGAUUGGUGGAUUCAUUCCCAAUAAUAACAGUAGCAGCAGUAGCAGCAACACCAGUAGCAACAGCUUACCUGGCAUUGGGACACAUCAUACAUCUUCUGAUGGCAAUGUUGUGAUUGGAAAACUCAGCAGAGAAGGCAUCACCACCAGUAGUUGCAAUGGGGCUAUUAACAAACAAGAAGAGUUGAAGAGCACCUCAUACACUGCAAGAGAACUGAAAGCCAAAACUUAAACUCUGGUUUGACCUUCAUUUGUGAUUCAAUUUCUCGUUUUUUGCCUUAGGCUGGUAGUUCCAGAAUUUAGGAUUAGUAAAUACUAAAUACUAUGUGAGUGGGUCUGUUUUUAACAGUAGUGGGAUUUGGUUGUGUUUUGUAUAGAUGUACAUAUAUACAUGCAUGCAUAUAUAUACAUUUAUAUGCGAGCAUGUGCCUAUUUGCAUAAGUAUAUAACAUUUCAUGAGCUCCAGUUUACGACAA